UUUGCGCGCCGCAGCCCGGGAGUCAGAAAGGCGAGGGGCGCCGGGAGCAGGCGUGUGGGACUCCAGACCGGAGAGCCGGAGGCUGCGCCUUCCCCGCACCGGGACCUUCACGACACACCAGAGACUAUUCCUUGCCCCGUGCGAACGCCCACGAUGACCACCACCCUCGUGUCUGCCACCAUCUUCGACUUGAGCGAAGUUUUAUGCAAGGGUAACAAGAUGCUCAACUACAGCACUCCCAGUGCUGGGGGCUGCCUGCUGGACAGGAAGGCAGUGGGCACCCCUGCUGGCGGGGGCUUCCCUCGGAGGCACUCGGUCACUCUGCCCAGCUCCAAGUUCCAUCAGAACCAACUUCUCAGCAGCCUUAAGGGCGAGCCGGCCCCGUCCCUGAGCUCCCGCGACAGCCGCUUUCGAGACCGCUCUUUCUCUGAAGGGGGCGAGCGGCUUCUGCCCGCCCAGAAGCAGCCUGGGAGCGGCCAGGUCAACUCCAGCCGCUACAAGACGGAGCUCUGCCGCCCCUUCGAAGAAAACGGUGCCUGUAAGUACGGGGACAAGUGCCAGUUCGCGCACGGCAUCCACGAGCUCCGCAGCCUGACCCGCCACCCCAAGUACAAGACGGAGCUUUGCCGCACCUUCCACACGAUCGGCUUUUGCCCGUAUGGGCCCCGCUGCCACUUCAUUCACAACGCCGAGGAGCGCCGCGCCCUGGCCGGGGGCCGGGACCUCUCCGCUGACCGUCCCCGCCUCCAGCAUAGCUUUAGCUUUGCUGGGUUUCCCAGUGCCGCUGCCACCGCCGCUGCCACGGGGCUGCUGGACAGCCCCACGUCUAUCACCCCACCCCCCAUCCUGAGCGCGGAUGACCUCCUGGGCUCACCUACCCUGCCCGACGGCACCAAUAACCCCUUCGCCUUUUCCAGCCAGGAGCUGGCGAGCCUCUUUGCUCCUAGCAUGGGGCUACCCGGGGGAGGCUCCCCCACCACCUUCCUCUUCCGGCCCAUGUCCGAGUCCCCUCACAUGUUUGACUCUCCCCCCAGCCCUCAGGAUUCUCUCUCGGACCAGGAGGGCUACCUGAGCAGCUCCAGCAGCAGCCACAGUGGCUCAGAUUCCCCUACCUUGGACAACUCAAGACGCCUGCCCAUUUUCAGCAGACUCUCCAUCUCAGAUGACUAAGUCAGGGUAGGGAGGGACACCCUGCCUCCUUCACCUCUCCACCCUGCACCCCAUCCCAAGCCUUCACCUCCCCAUCCCCUUACUUCCCCUCAAUCCCUACAUUGAUACAUUUAAGCUCAGCCCCUUCCCCAGAACCUUGGUAUGUCGCCCCCACCCCCACCUCCAACAACA